UUAUUUUUUUCCUCAUUUUUGCAAUCCAUUAAUUAUUUUGUCUCGGAUUAAAAAAAAAUAGCUCACCCUGACAAACCUAGUGAUGUCCUUCCUUUCCAGUUGGUCAAGACAUGUCUGAAGUGUCACAUGUUUUCAAAGUGCUGUUACUGCUGAACACAAGGAAUGAGAAAACUCCAGUUCAGGAGUCCUGAAACAGACAUUUGAAGACUUACAAGAAACAACUGGAAAUCCUUCUUCUUCCUGCUAUUGGAAAUAAAUUCCAAGUGUAGGGUGGCAUCAUCCCCUGCAUCCCACCAGCACUGUUAUGACGGGGCUGAGCCCCUGAAGGGCAGACAGCCUGUCUGCAGCCCCCCAGGUUCCCUAGGGCAGCCCCCCAGGCCCCUGCAGCUGCUCCCUACACCAGGUCUGGGACAGCAUCUUCUGGCAGGGAGAGCACAGCCACUGCCAGGACUUUAAUUAGGCCACCAAACCCCUUAAACUCUGCUAAAUAUCACAGCACUGAAAUUCUAUUUUGAUAUAAUAAAUAAUAAAAAUAAUAAUUAAAAAAAAAUAAAUAAAGGGCUUAUUUCCCUCACCUUUCAGUUUCUGGGAUUUUCUCUUAUACUAAAUGAAUUUUCAAGCUUUUUCUCAGGGUACGUAACACCUUAGUUUUCAAAAUGCUCAUGGCUCCAGGAGCUGGGGCUUUAAUUAGUGCAAAUACCAUCAACCUUGAUGUAAUAGGAUGCAGCUGGGAGUCGCAGCUGGGAGUCACAACUGGCCCUGAGAUCAGUUGCUGGCAGCUGCAUUUUCUCCUCACCUUGGUGCUUGCAAACUGCCCAGCCACCCCUGGGGCAAGGGUAGUGCUCCGGGCAAAGGUAACGUUUUGUCAGCGGUGCCCAGCGUGCUGUGUCCUGCUCAUGCCUGGCUGGAGCUCCCUGGCUCAGGCAGAGCCAGUCUCAGAGUGGGACAGCCAAAGCCUGCCUGAGAGCAAAUCUCUGCCAGGCAGGUUUCCCUCCCUGAGACUGCAUGACACGGGAGGGACUUUUGUCUGCCUGUGGUGGCACCAAGCAAAGCUCAGCCUCCCGCCAGCUCUGCCUGAUGGCUUAGCCAUGGGGUCUUGCUCCCCUUCAAAUCCUGCCCUGGUCCAGCCCUUCUGCCUGGCAGCUGCACCCUGGGUGAAACGAGUUUGACUGGUCUCAGACCUUGUUUUAGCUGAUUAUGUCCACAGCACAAAAAUCAGCUGUGCACUGUGGAGAAGGUGCUCCUAUGGGUCUGGGACAGGGUGAUGCAGCUGGUCCUGUUGACCCAGGGCUGGUCAGAGCUGCUGUGGCGGGCAGUGUGACAGUAACUGGGAUGUCCCACCUGCCAGGAGGCACAGGCUGGAUGCACCUCUAAAUAGCUCCAGCAGCUCUUGGCCUGGAAUAAGCCCUCACAGAGAGACUGCUGACGCUCCCAAACUAAAGACCCUCUCCCAUGGACUUUGUAGGAAACCCCAAAAGCAAAAAACUAAGGGGAAAUGGAAAGGGUUAGUCAGAGGCCUUUCUCCUGGGCUGAGAGCGGCAUGUUGCAAAGAGGAGGUGAGAAAAAACAGCAGGUCACUGUGAUGAAGGAGGCGCAGAUGCAGGUAGGAACUGGCUCUGAAUCCUCUUAAACUUCUGGGGGAGACUGAGGCAGAGACAAUAUUCACAUAUCUGUUUCCCAGCCUUCUCCCUGAAGCACACUGCAUGGCCUCCAAGAAGUGGGCACAGGUGGUCUGAAUGAAAGUCUCCCAUCCAAGAGCACCCAGUACACCCCAGCCCCAGUGAUGUCUCCAAGGCAGGAGGAGGUGAGGGCAUGCCGAAAGCAGCCCUUCCAGUUGCCUUUGCAGGGGAUGGAGAGGCAGGGCAGUGCUGGUGGAGAUUGAAUCUAGUGAUUACUUUAAGGGAUUUGCUGUCUCUUUCUUUAUCCCUCUCUCUCUCUUUCUUUUUCUUUUUUUUUUUUUUUUUCUGUUUUCCCCUUUUUCCUCCCUCUUAUCCCUUUCGUGGUGCAUUUGUCUUCGAGGAACCUGGGGUGUUCUUUUCAUCAGUUCAAUCUCUCUCUGGCACUUGAGCCCUGAUUGGCUGAAGGACUUAGGGAAAAAAAAUCUUUAAUUAAGUAGAUAAUCUCUUCUUAGGAAGUUCUGCGGCUCCAUUUCACCAACCCCCUUUAGCUCUUACUUUGGGAUUGGUUACCCUUUGCAGAAGUUGGGAUUCAGGGGGCAUACGCCUCUUCAUCAUACCAGGACUGCCGGGUGGAAAAUAACUCCAUCUCUUCCCUAAUUUUGUUGUGUUUCUUUUUUUUUUUUUUUUUUUUUUUUUUUUUUUAAUUUUCUCUGGUGGUGGUGGUACCCAAGGCUUUUUAGGACUUCCUUUCUCCCUCUUUAUUUGGAUUUUGUAUUUCACAUGGACCCUUAUCUGGGCAUCUUCUUCCUCACUCCUUUCUUCCAAUCCUGCUGUGCCUGGUCAGUGAAUAAUUUCCUGAUGACGGGCCCCAAGGCCUAUCUCAUCUACUCCAGCAGUGUGGCGGCUGGGGCACAGAGUGGCAUUGAGGAGUGCAAGUUCCAGUUUGCCUGGGACCGCUGGAACUGCCCCGAGAGGGCACUGCAGCUCUCCAGCCACGGCGGGCUGCGUAGCGCAAACAGAGAAACCGCUUUUGUCCAUGCCAUCAGCUCUGCAGGCGUCAUGUACACGCUGACCCGGAACUGCAGCCUGGGGGAUUUUGACAACUGUGGCUGUGAUGACUCCCGCAACGGACAGCUGGGGGGACAAGGCUGGCUGUGGGGAGGCUGCAGCGAUAACGUGGGCUUUGGGGAAGCCAUUUCCAAGCAGUUUGUGGACGCCCUGGAGACUGGACAAGAUGCCAGAGCUGCUAUGAACCUGCAUAACAAUGAGGCGGGUAGAAAGGCCGUGAAAGGGACCAUGAAGCGGACUUGCAAAUGCCACGGCGUGUCGGGGAGCUGCACCACCCAGACCUGCUGGCUGCAGCUGCCUGAGUUUCGGGAGGUGGGCACUUACCUCAAGGAGAGGUACCACAAAGCCCUGAAGGUAGACUUGCUGCAGGGGGCAGGGAACAGUGCUGCUAGCCGGGGCGCCAUCGCCGAGACCUUCAGCUCCAUCUCCAAGAAAGAGCUGGUCCAUUUAGAAGACUCUCCUGACUACUGCCUGGAGAACAAGACACUGGGGCUGCUGGGCACAGAGGGCAGGGAGUGCCUGAAGAGGGGAAAGGCACUCAGCAAGUGGGAGAAGCGGAGCUGCCGGCGGCUGUGUGGGGACUGUGGGCUGGCAGUAGAGGAGAGGCGAGCUGAGAUGGUGUCCAGCUGCAACUGCAAGUUCCACUGGUGCUGUGCUGUACGCUGUGAGCAGUGCCGCAAAAGGGUCACCAAGUACUUCUGUGUCCGCAAGGAGAAGCGGGAGCGGAGUGGGGGUGGUGGGGCCACCCGCAAGCUCAAAAGAAAGCUCUAACUCGCCUCUGCUCCUCCAGGGUCCUGUCUGCCCCUCUCCUCUUCUGCCCUCCCCAUCAGCCCCCCCCCACCAUUUCCCUUUGGCUUAGUUUUGUCUCAUUUCCAAUGCUGCCUCACUGGGGCUUGGGCAAGACAAAAGAACUUGCAUGAGCCCCUAGGACUUGGCCAUGCAGGGCAUUUCCCAUUAGUGCAGUGAGUGAUGACUGGGAAGACCCUCAAGUGUUGACAAAAGAAGGUGAGAUUUGGUCCCUUCAACUCAGAGUCGCUCUAUCUAGUGACUAUGGUUUUAUCGCUGAAAACACAGGUGGUCUUGGUGGCUCCUGCGCUUUUGAGCUUGUCUGUUCCCCAAACAAGCACCUACUCUGGGCUUUUGAGUAAGUGAGAUCCAGCACAAGGAAGCUGAGGUGGCACCACCAGAGCUGGGCAACUCAGAGUGGUAAUCCCUAAGACAGAAGAGGCUUCUAGUAACCUAGAAGAAUAGAAGAACUAAAAUAAAGUUUUCCUUGCCUGUUAUUAAGCCCUACACAAUGAGGGAAUAGAAAAGGCAUGCAGUGCUUCUUGAAGCAAGACAAGCUCCAGGAAACCCACAGCAUCACUUCCCAGUCUUUGCUAAGAUCUCCAGUGCUUUACUUUGCAUUUGAGACGGCAGCAGCAAGAUUGAAGCUGCUAGCUGAACUGCUCAUUAAACAGCUGUCCAAAAUAGGAGUCCCAUCACUUGCUUUUUACACACUUUACCUGUACCUUCUAAGUUCCGGGUCUGUUCUCACUUUUCACCCCAGCAUCCUUGCCAAAUUGAUGCCAGAAAGAUGCCCUCACACUUCUCCAGUCCCUCUUUCCUCCCAGAUCUCUUCCAGAGAGGAGCUGCCAGCUGAGCCCAUUCCCCAUCUCCUGGCGUACUUGCCAAGCACUCUUACUGUGUCAGCUAACUAACUAAAUACUUCCUCCUAGUCUGAGAAAAUAAUGUCAGUUACUAUUUAAUGGUGUUGUAAAUAGGAAAGUGAAGCACUUUGAAGUUUAAUUUAUUGCACAGUUACUGUAAUGUAUACAUAACAGUUUUUCCUCUACCACUUAUUGUAUAUAUUCUAUAGGCUAAGCAAGCAGCAGGAAGAUUUGGUUGAUGCAUCUCUGUUCCCUUGCCAUGGUUGGGGUAGGGAGGGAAGAAGUUGCCAGCUGCAGGACCUGGGGAAGCUCACUGCACCAUCACAGUGAUCUCCCCAGGACUGUGAUGUUAUCAUCUACUUCGCUGUUUGAAGUGUUCUUUAGCCAGAUGAGAAGCCAGCAGAGCUAAGUUACUGGCCAUUAGACCUGUCUUGUAGCCAAUAUUUGUAAACCAAUAGCCAAUGCAAUAAAUCAGUAGCCAAGUGCUUGCAAAA